UGCAGCAAUCAUCAGGCAGUGAAUCAAGCAAAUGCCAACUGGCAGCAGCUUGCAUCUACAGGAAUAGGUGGAUGUCCUUGUGUGUGGCAUGGCUGUUUUGUGCCACAUGCAAUGGUUGACUUCCAGAAGGGCAAACAGCAGGUUAACAUGGACUAUGUACUUGUGCGUGGCACAGUGCCUGGCCAGCAAAUGAUACAUUUUUAUGAUAUUAACUGCCAGUAUUGCAAAGGCUUAGCACAAUGGCUACAUACCAAUGCCUAUAUAUCCAUGCUGGAUGGCAUGCAGAUCUGCCCUGGCAUUGGGUUGUGGCAUGUUCAUGGCUACUGCACAGAAUGCUUUGCACAAUAUGCUCCCAAUUGCAUUGUAGGUGCUGGCCAGGUGAUUGCUAACUGGUCAGCACCUCUCCAUCACAACCCACAAUCCCAUGCUGACUGGUAUGACAUGCUCAAUAGUGUCAGCAAUUAG